AUUUUCUUUUUUUUUGCUUCUACUUCCUGUUCCGUCUGUCUCCAAAAUCCCGUCCCUCCUCAGUCAAUUCUCCGAUUUCAGUGAGAAGGAGAUGAUGGCGCAUUGAAAUUGAACCUGACACUACCACGUCGCCCGCAUGAUUUCUCGCCGGAGGACAUACAUACGGCGUGCUCCCGGCCUAUUCUCAUGCAGUUUUUGCCGUCUCUCUACAUCCGCCCGGCGCUACAACUCUUCCAAACCUUUAAAACCGGCUUGGCUGCUGAUAUCCUCUCGCCGCUGCUUCGCCAGCUUCAGACCAGAAUGGGCUUACCGCCUUGAGAAAUCCCAGGCCUUCGAAGAAUGCGACACCAAGCAGCAGCGUUCAGCUGAACUGGGACUAUUGGCUGGGUUUCAUAUUGCUGGGUCUUUAACUGAUCCUUACUUCAUUAAUAAAGCCGUCUCAUUUUGUGCCAAAUCUGCGUCUUUCUUAGCGGGCAUUCAGUUACAUUCGCCAAUAGUGAAGCUGGGUUUUACUUCAAACGUGUGUGUGUCUAGCGCAGUUGUCUACAUGUAUUCCAAAUGCGGUGACAUCCAGAGUGCCCAGAAAAUAUUCGAUGAAAUGCCAGCUAGAAAUGUUGUCACGUGGAACUCGCUUAUUUCUGGCUAUUUGGAUGCUAAUUUCUCGAAAGUGGCUGUUCAAUUAUUUGUUGAGAUGCUCCGACAGGAAAAUUCAGUUACGCCAUUCAGCCUUUCUAGUUGUCUGGUCAGUUGUUCACAAUUGGAGGACAGGGACCUCGGAGAGCAGCUUCAUUCAAUAAGUUUGAAAGCAGGGUUUGGUAGUCAUGUUGUCGUGGGGACCGGACUGAUUGAUAUGUACUCAAAGUCUUGUAGCGUUGGCCUCUCAAAGUUGGUGUUCGACCGUAUAGUGGAUAAGAACCUGAUUACUUGGACAUCCAUGGUUACUGCUUAUUCACAGAAUGAAGAACCUUGUGAAGCAAUGAUGUUAGUCAGAGAGAUGAUGCAAUUGGGUUUGAAGUUAAAUGGUGUGACGUUUAACAGUUUACUGAGUUCAUUUUCUACUCCAGACCACUUAGAGUGCUGCAAGCAAGUUCAUUGCUGUAUAAUUCGUCAAGGUUUAGAGUCUAAUGAGUAUAUUACAGCAACACUUGUGACUGUCUAUUCGAAAUGUAGUCGUAGCCUGGAAGAAUUCGUAAAGGCAUGCUCUGGUGUUGCAAUUUGGGACCAGGUAUCUUGGAAUGCCGUGAUUGCUGGCUACUGCAAUCUAGAAUGUGAAAAGGAAGCUUUCAGAUGUUUCUGUGAAAUGAGGCAGGCAGGGACUGAUGGUGACUUCUAUACAUUUACUAGUUUGGUGGGAGUGAUUGGGAGUAGUUCAUUCCUCGAAGAGGGAAGAGAGGUUCAUGCUCUCAUUUCCAAGACUAGGUAUGCUUCAAGUUUGCAUGUGCAGAAUGGGCUUGUUUCCAUGUAUGCAAGAUGUGGUGCUAUUGACGAAUCCAAAAGAAUAUUCUGGUCGAUGCCAAAACAUGAUGUCGUUUCAUGGAACUCGCUUCUAACAGCGUGUGCACAUCACGGAUAUGGUAAGGAAGCCGUGGAAUUAUUCGAAGAAAUGAGAAAAAGCAAGACAAAACCAGAUGCUACCACUUUCCUUGUGGUGCUGUCUGCCUGUAGCCAUGUUGGUUUUGUAGAUCAGGGCCUCGAGUACUUCGAUUUGUUAAAAAGUGAUGUUUCAGUUGGCCCCCCUACAUUAGAGCAUUAUGCUAACGUUGUUGAUAUUUUUGGUCGAGCUGGAUACAUAAAAGAAGCAGAAACUUUUGUCAGCAACAUACCACUAAAACCUGGCUCCACAGUCUACAAGGCUCUGCUUAGUGCGUCUUUAGUACAUGAGUGUAGGGAAUGGCUAUUAGAGACUCGAACUAGCCGUGGGUCUAAGGUCAAGGAAAGCAGCAAUUCGGAAAGGACUCCUACUGGCAAGUCCUCACCUAGUCCUGGUUGUGCAACACCAUCUGCUUCUGGACUUAGAAGGUCAGAGAGAUCAUUGAAGAAAGAUACAACACCGAGCCUACCAAAUGUGAACAUAUGCAUCCUGGAGAUACUUUUUUGGAAGACAAUAACUGAUGAAGACAACUCCUUGUCUAAACGAAAAAUAAAUGAAGCUAAUCUAGAUGCCGCAGAUGCAAUGGUUUCAAAUAAAGAUGCCAGCAUCUCUCUUUCCGUUGCAGUUUCACUGCAAGAUCACUCUCAAGAGAACUGCACGUUGGAUACUUGUGCCAGAGGCAUUAAGAGGCAGAGAAGCAAUGUUCUACUUGGUGAUGCAUUGUUGCUCUCAGUGGGAUUUGUUCUAGAGUAUGGUUCACUGGCGAAAGUCUCAUGCUUACCAGCUGGACUUGGCCCUGGUUUAGACUAUCAUCAUCUGGAUGCCGUGAACAAUCUGAGUGGCUACUGGCACAAAGGAACAAAUGCUGUCAUUCUUGACGAACAGUUUGAACUGGAUGCAAAUCAUAAUAAAAUCCUACUGAACAGGAUCCUGGCAGAAGCUUUCAGGUCCAAGUUCAUGGAUAUCAGGGCAUGUAAUUCGCCUGGAGUUAUGCAAUGUAGAUGCUGCUUCCACUUUCAUGCAGCAAUUGCAACAGAUGGCUUCACUGCCUACGCAAGGAUGCUCAGGACUCUGAUCUUCUGCUGCUCCUUCUCGCCCUUUGAUGCUGGCUGGGGCCCCAACUGGAGGUAUUCGGCAGAUUGCCAGUGCUUUACCUUCUCCUUCCACAACCACCACCUCUAGGGCACAAGCUGUUCUUCAUCACUCUACAGUCCACAGCACGACCUCUCUCAAGCUCUCAAUUAAGGCCACUUAAUAUAAACUCCACCUUCCAGCACCAAUAAUCUUCAUAUCGAUGACCAGAAUCGAGCGCCUCCUCCACACCUUAAGGUCUUAGACCUACAACAGCAUCUAUGGCAGCGGUGGCGGCACCAGUUCCCACUCCUAACUUCUCAAGUGAUGCAAUUGCCAAGCCAACGUGUCUCCACUGUCCUUUCCACUUUGACUGCCCUUCCCCCGCAUCAGCCUCAAGCAGCUGCAAACCCUGUCCAGCAAAACAACGGAGUUUGUUGGUCCAACGAUGAUUGAAUAGACGGUGUUACAUGACACCUUGUCUUUUUCAUCUAACCUUAAGAGUCAGAAGCGGAUGGGAAGACUUGAUUGAUUUAACAUUUGCAGGGAGUUCCUCAGCUGUACAUCUUUCUUCUGAACAGUUCUGAUGUAGCUACUAUGUCAUAGUUCUGGAAUGUGUAUAUUCUUCUAUUUCAGCUCCUUUCCAGCAACUCCACUUCAUCUCACCAUUGUUGAUUAGGUAUCAAAUUGCUGUCAUCAAAUUCGUCGUAAACUCGAGUUGAAAGGAUCUCCUUUCUGUUAGAUGGAUGUAAAUGUAUCCUAUCCUUAUGUGCUGUGGAUCAAAAUGUGGGAAGUGUUAUUUUUUCUUGUCAAAGUUGUAUUACAUUGACUACUCUCUGGGAUUUUACCACCGCAAAAAGUCACUAUAUUUUGCA